AUGGAGGCAAUGAAAAAGAGAAUGACUACGCAUUCCCCCAAACCAGAGUCUCCGAAACCGGCAACUUCUCCAGAUUCGGAUAGCUUGGAAGGAUUAUCACCAGAAUUGGUACCUAUUGUCACACUUUUAUCUUCUCAAGCACAUCGUCGAUACAAUGAAGGGAUCUUUAUGCUUUAUUAUGAUUUAAAUGGUGAUGGGAAACCCGCAGAUCGUGAAUGGAGAGAAGUUUAUGGUAUUUUGACCGGUAAUCAAUUAGCAUAUUGGGAUGCAGCAAAUUUGGCCCAGUUUAAAAAUAACCCAAGUGCAUUAUUGGAGACUUCUUCUAAACCAAACUAUAUAAAUUUCACCGAUUCAGUGUAUAAUGCCAUGAAGACGUUACCGGCAGCCAAACAAAACUUGGAUAAUGUUAUUAUUGUCUCAACAACUUUGAAGAAUAGAUAUUUAUUACAAUUUAAGUCUUAUAAAGAUUUGACUGUAUGGUAUGCAGCAUUGAGAUUGUCGAAUUUUGAAUACUCAUCGUUGCAGGAAGCUUACACGGGGGCAUUAUUAUCAGCAAGAGGAUCACGAUUGUCAGAUAUAAGGACGAUUUUGGCAGAAAAAAGAUUUGAUCACGAAGAUUGGGUUAGUAUAAGGUAUGGUAGUGGUAUGGCUUGGAAACGUUGUUUUGCUGUCGUUGAGCCUUCGACCUUAAAAAAGAAAGUGUUUACCCCUGGUCGGAUAUUAUUUUAUGAAAAUGAACAGAAAAAGAAGAAACAAUUGAUGGCAAUGGUAACCAACGCCACAGCUGUUGCUGCUAUAUAUCCACAAUCACAUUUAUUGAUUGACCAUUCUACAAUGUUGAAAAUGGAAGGUUAUAUUAAUUUCACGUCUCCAAGUUUAUCUACUAAAGUAUCUAAAAAGAGUGCCAGUGAUUUCAAACACACAUCACUUUUUUUAAUGCCAGAACAGCAUUCUUCUGUACCUGGAUUUGACACAUUGAUUAGAUUUUUAGUGCCGUUAUUAGAUUCUUUCGGAUUGUACGGGAGACCAAAAAGACUUAAAGCCAAUAGAAAUGAUACUGACUCAUUGUUAUUUGGUUUGCCAACUUUACCUCAUGUACAUUAUUUGGAAUUGAAUGAUGUCUUGGAUUUAACUAGAGGUGAUUUUUUGAGUUGGGAUUUGAAGACUUGGACAGAUAAUAUUAAAGGUAUUUUGAAAACAAAAAUUGAUAGAGGAUACGAAGGUUGUGGAAGUCAAAGAGGAAUCAAGGGGGCUGUUACCUCUUUAAGCAGUCCAGUGACUUCAACUGGUUCACCAAGAUUUGCUAGUGGCCAAGGAUUUUCUUCGAGACUGACAUCGUCUUCCUCGUCUCAACCUAGACAGAAUCAGCAAACACCCCAACAAAGGAAACCACCACCGCCAGGACCUGAAUUGAAACCUGCUGGUAAAAGUUUUGAUAAGAAUGUUAAUGAUUUACAUAUUGGAGUGUCCAAUGAUAAUUUACUUUCGGCUGAUAAAAUGAAAAAUAAUCACAAAUCAGUGCAAUUAGCAGAAAUUUACCAAAAGUAUUCUGAUUUGAAAACGCCAAGUGAUAACUACACUGACAGAAACAUUUUGUUGAAUGGGUCUCAUGAACAUUUGAUGGAAGAUGAAUUGCCUGCUGGUAUACAACAAAUGAAAUUGCAUGACAAUAUUUAUCCUAAAGACGACGAUGGCUUGUUUAGUGAUGACGACGACGAUGAUGAUUUGGCUAAAGUUGAUGUCAGAAAAAUUGGUAUGAAUAAUGAUGGUUCCAGUCAAUCUUUGGAUCCAACGUUAGGAGCCUUAAAAGUUCCUUAUUCAGACGAUAGAGCCGGUAGUUAUUCUUCAGUUAUUUCACCAAUGUCUCAAUUUAACAACCUUAAGGAGAGUUACCAAAAUGUUGAUCGCAGAGCUCCAUACCCGAACAAUAGUGAUAAUGAAAGUGAUGAUGAUUCUCCUCCACCUCCAGUGCCAUCUCAUGAUCAGAAAUAUCAGACAGGUUUACAAGGGAAACUGAGUGCUUUUAGUCAAGGUGCUGCUACUUCAAGAGGCGCUGGUGGAAUGAUAAAUGGAUCUUCCAGUGAAUCACGUUCUCAAGGUCAACAAAAACCAAAGUAUAUUUCGUCACCCAAUUCGUCCCAGAAUCAUAUUCAUAGAAUACAUUCACCAGAAAAAGGGUCACCAUUGGGUAGAGCUAAUGUGCAAUACCCUAUUUCUCCAGAACGUUUGACAGACGUUCACAAAUCGUCGGAUAAUUUAGCUGAUGCUAUAAAGUUGCCAGUCUUACCUGCUAUAAAUAAAGUUCCUCCACAAGAAGAACAACGCCAACCACAGAAGUACCCGCAACCACAACCACAACCACAAUCGCAACCACAUCCAUACCAACAACAACAACAACAACAACAACCAAGGCAGCAGCAAUUAUAUUCUCCACAACAAGUGCAGCAACAGAAAUAUCACCAGCAACAACAACAACAACUUCAACAGCAACAGCAGCAAUACUAUCAACAACAGAAAUUUCAGCAACUGCAACAACCACAAAGACCUUUACAACAACAACAGCAGCAGCCACCACAACAACAACAUUAUCAAAAGCAGCCACAACAGCAACCACAACAACAACCUCAUAGAGUGCCACCUCCUCAACAACAACCCCAACAACAAUUAUCGCAAGCUUAUAGGGCUGCUCCACCAACACAACAAAAACAACCACCUCCUCAACAACAGCUUUAUGGACGUUCUCAGCCACAAAGUUUCCCCAGGGAACCACCAAAUGGUCAUCCACAAGGAUCAGGGUUUAUGCAAAAUCGUGGUGUUAUUCCUAGAAAUAAUGGACAAGCACCUCCACCACAACCCCAAAAUGGUGCUAGAGGAUUUGUUAGCCAACAACAGCAACAGCAACAGCAACAGUACCAGUAUUCAUACUUACCUCUGGGUGCUUCUGGUCAACCAAAACAACAGCAGCAACAACAACCACAACAACAACCGCAACCGCACCGAGGACAUCAUCCUUAUGGUGCACAAUAUACUAGCCAGAAUCCUAAUGGCCAAGCUAGGUAUUAUUAA